AUGGCUCAAGAUGACGGAACUCCUGGCAGACUGCUACUCAUCUCGAAUCGCCUGCCAAUCACCAUCAAACGCCAGGAUGAGGGCCAAUACAGCUUCUCCAUGUCCUCUGGCGGCCUAGUCACCGGUCUCAGCGGCCUCAGUAAGACAACAACCUUUCAGUGGUACGGUUGGCCCGGCUUGGAGGUUCCUGAGCCCGAGAUCGAAAAGGUCAAGCAACAACUCAAGGAACAGUACGGCGCUGUUCCUGUCUUUGUCGAUGACGACCUUGCAGACAGGCACUAUAAUGGCUUUGCCAACUCGAUCCUCUGGCCGCUCUUCCACUAUCACCCGGGCGAGAUCACCUUUGACGAGAGUGCAUGGGACGCCUACAAGGAAGUAAACAGGCUGUUUGCAAAGACCGUGGUCAAGGAUGUACAGGAUGGCGACAUUAUCUGGGUACAUGACUAUCACUUGAUGCUAUUGCCCGAGCUCUUGCGCCAGGAGCUCGAUGGGAAGCGCAAGAACAUCAAGAUUGGCUUCUUCCUGCACACCCCAUUUCCCAGCAGCGAGAUCUAUCGCAUCUUGCCUGUGCGUGAGGCCCUUCUUCAGGGCCUUUUGCAAUGCGAUCUCAUCGGCUUCCACACAUACGACUAUGCCCGUCACUUCCUGAGCUCCUGCUCGCGCAUCCUCGAGACCUCCACCACCCCCAACGGUGUCGCCUACAAGGGUAAAUUCAUCACCGUCGGCGCUUUCCCCAUCGGCAUCGAUCCCGACAAGUUUGUCGAGGGCCUCAAGAAGCCAAAGGUGCAGGAGCGCAUUGCUGCCCUCUCACGAAAGUUUGACGGCGUCAAGCUUAUCGUUGGUGUAGACCGCCUCGACUACAUCAAGGGAGUGCCCCAAAAACUGCAUGCUCUCGAGGUCUUCCUGACCGAACAUCCAGAAUGGAUCGGCAAGAUAGUGCUUGUUCAGGUUGCGGUGCCGUCUCGCCAAGACGUGGAGGAGUACCAAAACCUCCGUGCCGUUGUCAAUGAGCUCGUGGGCCGGAUCAACGGAAAGUUUGGCACGAUUGAGUUUAUGCCUAUUCACUUUCUGCACCAGAGCGUCAAUUUUGACGAGCUCUGUGCCCUUUACGCCGUCUCCGAUGUCUGCCUAGUUUCAUCUACCCGUGAUGGCAUGAAUCUGGUCUCUUACGAAUAUAUCGCCACACAACAUGAUCGCCACGGUGUCAUGAUUUUGUCCGAGUUCACCGGCGCCGCGCAGUCGCUCAACGGCUCCCUGAUCGUCAACCCCUGGAAUACCGAGGAGCUUGCCAAUGCUAUUCAUGAUGCUGUGACCAUGUCUCCUGAGAUGCGGGAGGCCAACUUUCGCAAGCUUGAGCGCUAUGUCUUCAAAUACACAAGCGCAUGGUGGGGUCAGAGCUUUGUGUCCGAAUUGACCAAGGUGAAUUACGAGGCAGGUGAGAAGCAGUCCCUGACUGGUACGGGUGAAGUCAGCCAAAAGCUCACAAUGGGUGCAAAUGGUGCAGUGGCAGGGGUAACUGAAGGCGAGGCUGGUUCGACGUAG